UAAAGUUCGGCGGAUUUUAAAUUACUUUUCACGGUCGACUGAUAUAGUGGGAGUUUUUUUUUCUGUGUUUACAGUUACUUGUUCAUAAAAACUUGGGUCAAUAAGAAAGCUCUUCUGAAGAUUAGCUAUAAUGUCUGAAGAUGGUUCAUAUACCCUAUUAAAUAUUUUUGCUGGUACGCCAAGAACUACACGUGGUCGACCUAUCCAUCUUUCUGCUGAUCCAAAAGGGAAAAAUUUUUUGUAUUGUCAAGGGAAUAGUAUUAUAAUUCGUGAUGUAGAAAAUCCUAGUAAUUCAGAUGUGUACACCCAGCAUGCUAAAGACACUACAAGUGCUGCUUAUUCUCCAAGUGGAUUUUAUAUAUGCUCUGCAGAUGUUACUGGCAAAGUGAGAAUUUGGGACACAGUAAACAAAGACCAUAUCCUUAAGUAUGAAUACCCCGCUCUUGGUGGUCCAAUUAAAGAUAUUGCUUGGACUGAAGACAGUAAAAGAAUUGGUGUUUGUGGUGAAGGAAGAGAAAAAGCAGCCCAUGUUUUCAUGUGGGAUACUGGUACAUCAGUUGGUGAGUUAACAGGGCCCUUGAAAGCUUGCAAUAAUAUUAGCAUUAAACAAACACGACCAUACAGACUUGUUGUAUCGUCUGAAGAUUAUUCUACAUGCUAUUAUGAAGGCCCUCCUUUUAAAUUGAAGUCGCAAUUUCGAGAGCACACGAGUUUUGCAAAUUGCGUUCGUUUUUCACCAGAUGGUAAUAAGUUUGUUAGCGCUGGUUCAGAUGGAAGGUGCUUUGUGCAUGAUGGGAAAACAGGUGAUCUCAUAGGAGAAAUGUGUAGUGCUCAGCAAAAAGUACACAAUGGAGGAAUUUAUGGGAUCUCUUGGAGCCCUGAUAGUAAAAUGUUGAUGACAUGUUCAGCUGAUAAAACUGUGAAAAUAUGGAACAUGGAUGAUCUUUCAAGUAAAGAAGUUGUCUCAUUUGAAAUGGGAAAAACUAUUGAUGACAUGCAGGUUGGAUGUUUGUGGGUUGGAGACAAUAUAAUCAGUGUUUCACUUAGUGGAAAUAUUAAUUAUCUUGAUAUGAAAGACCCUUCUAAGCCCAAGAGAGUUGUAAAGGGUCACAACAAAGCUAUUGUGGCAUCUUGUUUAAAUGAAGAUAGAACUUUAUUGUUUACUGCAAGCUUUGAAGGACUAACCUGUUAUUGGGAUUUAGUUACAGGUGUUGCAGAGUAUGUCCAGGGUGAGGCUCACAAAAAUCAAGUGAUGCACAUGGAGUGUAAAAAUGAUACAAUUGUCACAUGUGGUAUGGAUGACACUGUUCGUUUUAUAACAGUUUCUGAAAAGAAAUACAGCAGUAGCGUUGUUGCUUUAAGUUCUCAACCACGAGGAUGUGCAAUUGGAAAUCUUGGAUUGAGUAUUGUAGUUUGUGUAAACUCUAUCAUUGUCAUUCAAGAUGGAAAAGUUGCUCAAAAAUAUUCGUCACUUUCUUUUGAUCCUACUUGUGUAGCAAUAAGCUGCGACCUUGCUAAAGUAGCAGUUGGUACUGAGGAGUCAAAAGUUGUUAUAUACGACAUAAUAGGAAGUGAGUUAAAACAACAUUCUGAUUUUCCAACUAAUGGCAAUGUAACUUGCAUUCAAUUUUCUCCUGACAAUAAGUUUCUUGCGAUAAGCACUGGAAAGAAGCAAGUCAAAGUUGUUUUAACAUCUGAUUUUAAGACCGAGAAGGGUAACUGGGCUUCACACUCUGGAAAAGUCAAUUCUAUUGAUUGGACUCCGAACUCACAUUUCUUGGCAUCAGCGGGUAUUGAUGGAGCAGUUUAUGUUUGGGAUGUUGUUAAAGGUGAUGCGAGUGCUUCUUUAAGAGGUGCCCACUCUCAGUCCGUGGAUGUCACCUCUGUUCGAUGGUCGGAUAAUAAUACACUAUUAACAUGUGGACGUCAAGAUUGCUGCGUUCGUAAAUGGAAUAUAAAACAUUAGUUCUGUUGCACCAUCGUAGAAAAAGGAAUUCUUACUUAAUCUGUCGUUUUUUGUUUCUGUUUGUUUUCAAAAAUCUGAUCACAUUUUAAUUUUAUAUAA